AUGACUAGUGUCUAUACAUCAGAUCUAAAGAGUCAUAGACGUGCUCCACCUCCUCCUCCUUCAUUAUCAACUACAAAUUUAAAUAACAAUUCAAAUUCUACAUCAAAUUCAAUCAGUGUAAAUUCAAACAAAAGACAAGCUGGAUGGGUACAUGUUAAAGAUGACGGAUUAUUUACAUCUUUCAGAUGGAAUAAAAGAUUCAUGAAUAUAAAUGAAAGAUCAUUAAAUUUUUAUAAAACUGAACCAAAUAUUACUGAAGUUAUUACACCAGAUCUUUUAUUGCCUUUAAAUCUUAUUAGUAAUAUAAAUUUAAAACCUCAACUGGGUCAUUCUAAAACUGCUCAAUCAUUUGAAGUAAUUCCUAAAAAUAAUGGUAAACCCAUACUAAUAUCAGUAAAAUCUAAUAAUGAUUAUUUAGAUUGGUUAAAUGCUUUUUCUACAAAAUGUCCAUUAGUACAAAUAGGAGCAAGUUCAAAUGCACCUUCUUCAAAUUCUAAUAGUCUGCCAUCGGUGAAUUCAACCUCGUUGCUAAAUGGUGGAAAUUCAAGUGUUUCAAGUCCUAUAAAUUUCACUCAUAAAGUUCAUGUUGGAUUUGAUCCAGCAAGUGGUAAUUUCACAGGUUUACCAGAUGAUUGGAAAAGUUUAUUACAACAUUCAAAUAUAACAAAUGAAGAUUGGAAAAAAAAUCCAGUUGCAGUAAUAGAAGUAUUGGAAUUUUAUUCAGAUAUAAAUGGUUCAUCUCCUGGAACUCCAUUAGUUAAUCAAAAUCAACAAUCUACUACAAAAUUUGAUCAAAAUAACACAACCAAUAUACAAGAAUGGACAAAACCACCUCCAAAAAACCAUGCACAACAAUUCAAACCAAAUAGAGCCGCUCCGAAACCUCCAGUUCCCUAUCAUAUUACUCAAGAACAAGCAGCUAAAAGUAUAUCUCCUUUGAAUAAUUUAAUGAAUAAAUCAGAGAAUCCUGUGCCGAUUAGAAGAGCUCCUCCUCCACCUUCCUCAUCAUCAUCACAAGCAAAACCAAUUCAAACUCCACCAUUGGCUCCUCAAUCAUUGAAGCAACAACCACAGCAUCAACCUACUCCAAAAGAACCCCAAUCACAAAAUCAAUCUGAACAACUUCCGCAACAACCACACCCAAAUGUUAAAAUACAAAAGAGUUAUAAAACAUCUACACAAUUAGCAGAGUCAAUCAAACCAUUACAAUUAAAACCUAAAGCUCAAAAAGAAACUACUCCACCAAUGGGUCCUGUACCUACAAAAACUCCCAAACAAUUGAAAAAAGAAAGAGAAAGAUUAAAUGAUUUACAAAUAAUUGCAAAAUUAAAAACAGUAGUAAAUAGUAAUGAUCCAAAACCAUUAUUUAAAAUUAUAGAAAAAGCAGGUCAAGGUGCAAGUGGUAAUGUUUAUUUAGCUGAAAAUUUAUCAAAUAAUCAAAAAAUUGCAAUAAAACAAAUGGAUUUAAAUGUUCAACCAAGAAAAGAAUUAAUUAUAAAUGAAAUUUUAGUUAUGAAAGAUUCUCAACAUAAAAAUAUUGUUAAUUUUUUAGAUUCUUAUUUAAGAAAAGAUACUGAAUUAUGGGUUAUAAUGGAAUAUAUGGAAGGUGGUUCAUUAACUGAAAUAAUAGAAAAUAAUGAAUUUAAAUUAAAUGAAAAACAAAUUGCAACAAUUUGUUUUGAAACUUUAAAAGGUUUACAACAUUUACAUAAAAAACAUAUAAUUCAUAGAGAUAUAAAAUCAGAUAAUGUUUUAUUAGAUGCAAAAGGAAAUGUUAAAAUAACAGAUUUUGGAUUUUGUGCAAAAUUAACUGAUCAAAGAAAUAAAAGAGCUACAAUGGUUGGUACUCCUUAUUGGAUGGCACCAGAAGUUGUAAAACAAAAAGAAUAUGAUGAAAAAGUUGAUGUUUGGUCAUUAGGUAUAAUGACUAUAGAAAUGAUAGAAGGUGAACCACCAUAUUUAAAUGAAGAACCUUUAAAAGCUUUAUAUUUAAUUGCAACAAAUGGUACACCUAAAUUGAAAAAACCAGAAUUAUUAAGUAAUUCUAUAAAGAAAUUUUUAAGUAUAUGUCUUUGUGUUGAUACAAGAUAUAGAGCAAAUACUUCAGAAUUAUUAUCACAUUCUUUUGUAACUCAUAAAAGUGGAUCAAUUGAAGAUUUAGCUCCUUUAUUGGAAUGGAAACAAAAAUCUGCAGCGACUGAAGUUCAUGAGGUUGAUAUUGAUGAAGAUGAUGGGUUUUGA